AUGAUCCAAGAACCAAUUGGGAAGUACACGAGGCAAUUUUUAAUCUAUAAUGAAGAUCACAAGCGCUGUGUGGAAGCAGUAAGUCCCAGUGCAGUCCAAACUGCAGUGUGUAACCAGGACGCCGAAUCACAGAAAUUCCGAUGGGUGUCUGAUUCCCAGAUUAUGAGUAUUAUGAGUGUUUCAUUUAAAUUAUGCUUGGGUGUGCCAUCAAAAACUGAUUGGGUUGCUAUCACUCUAUAUGCCUGUGACUCGAAAAGUGAAUUUCAGAAAUGGGAGUGCAAAAAUGACACACUUUUUGGGAUCAGGGGAGAAGACUUAUUUUUUAACUAUGGCAAUAAACAAGAAAAGAAUAUUAUGCUCUACAAGGGAUCUGGCUUAUGGAGCAGGUGGAAGGUCUAUGGGACCACAGCUGAUUUAUGCUCUAGAGGAUAUGAAGCCAUGUAUACGCUACUGGGCAAUGCAAAUGGAGCGACCUGUGCCUUUCCAUUCAAGUUUGAAAACAAGUGGUACGCAGACUGCACAAGCGCUGGGCGCUCGGACGGAUGGCUCUGGUGCGGGACCACCACAGACUACGACGCAGAUAAGCUAUUUGGAUAUUGUCCAUUGAAAUUUGAAGGCAGUGAAAGCUUAUGGAAUAAAGACCCGUUGACUAGCAUUUCCUACCAGAUAAACUCCAAAUCGGCUUUAACUUGGCACCAGGCGAGGAAGAGCUGCCAACAACAGAAUGCUGAGUUGGUUUUUUUUCCAACUGAAAUAAUUGAUUGUACAUAUCUGUGGGGAUUAACCAGUUCCUUGACUUCAGGACUCUGGAUUGGACUUAACAGUCUGAGUUCCAACAGUGGCUGGCAGUGGAGUGGUGGUGUUCCAUUCCGAUAUUUGAACUGGUUACCAGGAAGUCCAUCAGCUGAACCUGGAAAAAGCUGUGUGUCCUUAAAUCCUGGAAAAAAUGCCAAAUGGGAAAAUCUGGAAUGUGUUCAGAAACUAGGCUAUGUUUGUAAAAAGGGCAAUACUACCCUGAAUUCUUUUGUUAUUCCCUCAGAAAGUGAUGUGCCUACUAACUGUCCUAGUCACUGGUGGCCAUAUGCAGGUCACUGUUAUAAGAUUCACAGAGAGGAGAAGAAAAUCCAGAGAGAUGCUUUGACUGCUUGUAGGAAAGAAGGUGGCGAUCUAGCAAGUAUGCACAGCAUCGAAGAAUUUGACUUUAUCAUCUCCCAGCUAGGAUAUGAGCCAGAUGAUGAGUUGUGGAUUGGCUUAAAUGACAUCAAGAUUCAAAUGUACUUUGAGUGGAGUGAUGGGACCCCUGUAACCUUUACCAAAUGGCUUCGUGGAGAACCGAGCCAUGAAAACAACAGGCAGGAGGACUGUGUUGUGAUGAAAGGCAAGGAUGGGUACUGGGCAGAUCGGGCAUGUGAGCGGUCCCUUGACUAUAUCUGCAAGAUGAAAUCACAAAUCCAAGGUCCAGGAACAGUGGAAGUACAAACGGGCUGCCGGAAAGGCUGGAAAAGACAUGGCUUUUACUGCUAUUUGAUUGGACACACACUUUCAACAUUUACAGAAGCAAACCAAACCUGCAAAGAUGAGAAUGCUUACUUAACGACUGUUGAAGACAAAUAUGAGCAAGCGUUCCUGACCAGUUUGGUUGGAUUGAGGCCUGAAAAAUAUUUCUGGACAGGACUUUCAGAUAUACAAAACAAAGGGACCUUUCAGUGGACAAUUGAGGAAGAGGUUCGGUUCACCCACUGGAAUUCAGAUAUGCCUGGGCGACAGGCAGGCUGUGUUGCCAUGAAGACUGGGAUUGCAGGGGGCUUAUGGGAUGUCUUGAAAUGUGAUGAAAAAGCAAAGUUUGUGUGCAAGCACUGGGCAGAAGGAGUAACUCGCCCACCAGAGCCCACAACAACUCCUGAACCCAGGUGUCCAGAGGAUUGGGGUACCACCCCUAAAACAAGCUUGUGUUUCAAGGUAACUAUCAAUUACUAAGCUAAU